AUGGGCGCCAAACCAUCGUCAGAAGCUGCUCCCGAAGAUACCUUUGUGGAUUACUAUGAGCUUUUAGAGGUUGAACAGACCGACUCGGCGGAUGCUAUCCGCAAGUCCUAUCGGAGACUAGCUCUCCGCAUGCAUCCUGACAAAAAUCCGGGGCAGGAAGAAGAAGCGAAGAAACGCUUUGUCAAGCUGCAGGAGGCGUACGAAGUCUUAAGCGACGAGCAGGAGCGCGCAUGGUAUGAUCAAAACCGUGAACGUCUGAUACAUGGUAUUGAGGAAGAAGAAGACGACGACGAUGUGGACGCCAAGUUCCAGCUCUUCCGAUCUGGUGGCGCAGCUCCGAAAGCUGCGACAAUGGCAGCUGGUGUAGGUGUGUCGCACCUGCUGCGCUUCUACGCGCCCUCUUUGGCGAAGGACUUUAGCGAUUCUUCUACCUCUUUCUUCGGCACGUACCGCCGCCUCUUCGAGCGCCUGGCCGAAGAGGAUAUGGUCGCUGCUCCUUAUCCAGGCGAGACACACACGGGCGAUCUUGCCGCUCCAUGGCGGGACGAUCAGAGAAUGUAUCCCUCUUUCGGACAUCCCACUACGGAUUAUACCUCAGGAACCGAGCCAGUACGUCUUUUCUAUCAGUUCUGGACCCAAUUUUCUAGUCGUAAGAGCUUUGCAUGGAAGGACCAACAUGACCUCCGGGACGCGCCUGACCGUCGUGUGAAGCGCUUGAUGGAAAAGGAUAACAAGCGCGCACGCGAUGCCGCACGAAAAGAGUACAAUGACGCGAUCCGUGGCCUCGCAUCCUUUAUCCGCCGCCGUGACCCGCGUCACAAAGCAUUCCAGGCGCAGCAGCAGGCCGGAGUGAGUGCCGCUGCGCAGGCAGAACGCGAAGAGUGGCGGCGUGCAGAGGCAGCCAAGCGCCAGGAGGAAAAACGUGCGCAGGCGGCCUCUUUCCGUGCUCAGAGCUGGCAGAUGGCCGAGGCGCCCACUACCGAAUGGGACGACUUUGGCAGUGGUGAGGAGCUGGACGCCCAGGCACAAGAGGACGAUGAAGGCGAUCUAAGUGACGACUCCCUUGAAGGGGACGAGCCUUUCUGGGACUGUGUUGCAUGCAACAAGCGCUUCCAAUCGGAGGCUGCAUGGUCGAAUCAUGAGAGAAGUAAAAAGCACAAGAAGGAGGUGCAGCGGCUCAAGCGCGAGAUGCUCGAAGACGACUUGGCUCUCAAGGAUAUUACCCAGGAUACGGCCGCCUUGAAAGUGAGCGACCAAGGGCUGGUCCCUGAGCAAGCGGUUGAUGCAGAACCCACGCACGCGGCUAAUGUCGACGAAGAAAGCUCAAGGAAAAAGGACAAGAAGCGCAAAAAGCAAGCGAAGAAAAUGCAGGCAGCCAUGGAAGAUACUCUUCGAUCUGAUGCAGGGGCUUCGAGCAGCUCUGAAAUUUCAUUCCCCCACGAGUCCCACUCCCAACAUGAGAUGCGUCUGCAAAAGAUCUACGAGAUUCUCCCUCACCUGCGCGAUCUCCCAUCGUAUGCAAAACGUCCACCUGGCUCCUUCGAUAUCUUUGGCUAUGGCUCCAUCAUCUUCAAGCCGCCUCCUCAUGUGAUUAGCUACACCCCUGGCUACAUCCAAGGCUUUGUCCGCCGCUUUGCGCAGCACUCGGUGGACCACCGCGGCACACCAGAGCGACCCGGUCGUGUGGUGACACUCGUAUCCGCAGAUCACUGGCACAGCUUGCCUGGUGCCGACGAUGCGCCGGAAGGUGACAUUGUCUGGGGCAUCAGCUAUACCAUUGACCCGGCGCAUGCGGACGAGGUGCGAGCCUACCUGGACGAUCGCGAGAAGAACGGUUAUACACCCAUGUGGGCACCGAUCCUCGGAUACUAUGGCACGUCAGAGGAACCACAAGUACUUGUGCCGGAAGCCCUGGUGUAUGUGGGUCUGCCCGACAAUGAAGCAUUUGUCGGUCCACAGCCGCUGGACGAGCUGGCGGAACGCAUUCACACAUGCCACGGGCCAAGUGGCCCCAACCACGAGUACUUACUCCGGCUGGCGGAGGCAGUGCGGAUUCUCACACCAGAGAGUAAAGACAACCACCUAUUUUCCUUGGAAGAAAAGGUCCUUGCGCUCAAGGCGCAGGAAGAGCCCUUAGCUUCCAGAAAACCGCGCCGGAAACCCAAGGCCAAGCCACCGUCAGGUACGGAAGUGUGCAACCAGUGCCAUGCAUCAUUCCCUUCGCGGUCUAAGCUAUUCCAGCAUGUGCACGAGCAAGGACAUGCUCUUGCGAGUGGCCACGGUGCACGCGGAAAAAAGUAG